AUGUCGAGAAGGAUUGGCACCGGAGAAUUUUUCGACUUGCACUCUCUCUUUGCUUCUUUCGCCGCUGACGUGCUGUCUGCAUAUGUGUUUGGCCCCGCGAAUUGUUAUGCAUACUUGGACAGAGUGGAGGUAACAGAUGAAUGGAAAAGAAAUGUUAACAGCCUCUUUGAGACGCUGAUUCUUAUCAGGCAUCUACCAUUCCUAUACAGCCUAGCAUACAAGAUUCCUACCAUUGCCUCCUGGGUGUUUCCCCCUUUUUCUUGGAUUCAUCCAUUCACUGGGAAAAUCAACCGAAGUGUGGAAGUUGCGCAUGCAAAACCGGAAGGGAAAUCGAUAAUACCAACUAUUCUCUCCAACGAGAAAGUACCUGACCACGAAAAAGACUUGAAACGCCUGCAAGACGAACUGUCGUUUUUAAUAAUUGCCGGGUCAGAUGCACCGUCGCAAGUGAUGGCAAUCACUGUUUUUCAUCUCCUUUGGAAUCCAGAGACAUACCAAAAACUCAAAGACGAGUUAGAUGAGGCUUUCCCCGUUCUAUCCGAGGCAGACUGGACUAAGCUAAAAGGCCUUCCCUAUCUGCCCCGCAAGUCUGCUGUGUUGAAAGAGGGUCUACGCCUUUCAGCCGUUGUGACAACGAGGCUUCCGCGUAUUGCACCAGAUGAAGCUUUACAGCACGGAAAAUGGACUAUUCCGCCCGGGACGCCUGUCGGCAUGUCCACCCAUACCAUUCUACGAAACCCCGAAAUCUAUACCGAGCCGAUGAAAUUCAUUCCAGAACGCUGGAUGGGCCCUGCUGAGGAAGUCCGUGCACUGGAUAGAUUCUUCGUUCCGUUUGCGAAGGGCAAUUCAAGUUGUAUGGGUCAAAGCAUGACCUACUCGUGGCUUUACGCAGUGAUAGGCACCGUGGUACGCAAGUUCCAACUAGAGCUUCACGAAACUGACGAGAAGAGUGUUGAAAUUUCUCGAGACUGUUUUAAUGGACAGACAGUUCCUGGGCUCAAUUUGAUCAAUGUCAAAGUCACCAAGGAGUUCAACUAG